AGCCAACUUCAACUUUUCGCUUACUUGCUGACGCCAUGAUGCUUCCUAUUUCUUUUUUGCCAUAUCGGUUGCAGAGGAAAGACUUGAGCUAUGGCUACCACUUCACCUCAUCUAAAUUGGUUGAUAAUCCGUAAUAACAACGCCUACUUGCUGAAGAAACGUGAUGUAAAGAAGCCUUUCAGCACAGAACCCAACAAUUUAACCAAUGUGAGUUGUUACCGAUACAGUGGUCUCGUGCACAAGAAAACCUUGGGUAUUGUACCAGCGGCCGAUAAGAAAGGAUUUACGGUGGUUAUGAAAAAGGGAAAGUAUGCCCAACGUCCAGCUAAAAAUACUGUGAAAGUUACUAUGAAGGCCGGUCCUAGAAGAUCAUUAAAGAAAUUGAGAAACUUGUUAAUUGGAAACAAAUACCGCAAGGAUCUAACACAGGCUGCCUUGCGUCGAGCUUCUGCGGUUUUGCGUUCACAGAAAUUACCCCAGGUUAAGAAAACCAAAUCUACUUGAACUAUAUACAAUGAAUAAAACUAGAAACCAAAAGCA